AUGUCGGAGCCUGACCCACCAGCAGAUGGCGUGAAGAUUGACGAGAGCGCAUUAGAGAAGUCCACACCUACAGAGAACGGCCACCAAGGCAUAACGAACAGUUCAGGAUGGGACGGCAAACUCAGGAUGCCGCCCAAAGCGACCAUCACGAACCCAGAAGCGCUGGAAGAUUCAGAUUACUCAGACCCAGACGCACCACCACCAGAACAGAUCGAAACAGAUGAAGAUCUCCUCGACGACUACCCAGACGACACAGAAGAUAUCGACCUAGUCCACUUCGAACGCCUCUGCCUCCGUCAGAACGCCAUCAACAAUGUCGAACUCCCGCCCUCCUUCGGCACGCACCUCCAAGAACUCGACCUCUACGACAACCUCAUCUCCCACAUUCGCGGCCUCGACCCCUUAUCCGCUCUCACCUCGCUCGAUCUCUCCUUCAACAAAAUCAAACACAUCAAAAGCAUCUCCCACCUCACCACACUCAAAGAACUCUACUUCGUGCAGAACCGCAUCAGCAAAAUCGAAAACCUCGACACCCUCACCAACUUAACCAUGAUCGAACUCGCCGCCAAUCGCAUCCGGGACAUCGAGAACCUGGACCGCCUCACCUCCCUGAGAGAACUCUGGCUCGGCAAGAACAAGAUCACUGAAAUCAACAACCUCAACUCUCUCACCAACCUCCGCCUCCUAGACCUAAAAUCCAACCGGCUCACCACAAUCUCCAACCUCGAACCCCUAGUCAACCUCGAAGAACUCUACAUCUCCCACAACGCCCUCACCACCAUCUCCGGCCUCGACCACAACAUCAAACUCCGCGUCCUCGACGUCUCCAAUAAUCGCAUCACGAGAUUAGAAGGCCUAUCCCACCUGACCGAGCUGGAAGAGCUAUGGGCUAGCACCAACGGACUCUCGAGUUUCAAGGAAGUAGAGGAGCAAUUAGCGGACAAGGAGAAAUUAGAGACGGUGUACUUCGAGGCGAACCCGUUGCAGUUACAGGGGCCGGCGGUGUAUAGGAAUAAGGUCAGGUUGGCGCUGCCACAGGUGAGGCAGAUUGAUGCUACUUAUGUCAAGGUGUGA